AUGUCUAAAGACGACGAAUCACAUGUCUUUAAGGGCACAAUUAGCGAAGAUGUUCGCCUGGAGGAUCUGGGUUAUGAGCAAGAGCUCAAGCGUUCAUUUGGACUGCUCAGUAUGAUUGGAUUUAGUUUCAGUGUUGUCACCUCAUGGACAGCUCUUAGCGGCGUGUUCAUUGUCGGUGUCACCUCGGGUGGCCCGCCAGUGAUGAUAUACAGUUUCAUCGGUGUGAGUCUUGUAACUCUAGCGGUCGCCAUUCCCAUGGCAGAAAUGUGUUCCAUGUACCCCGUUGCAGGUGGGCAGUACUCAUGGGUUGCUGCAUUGGCGCCACCAAAGAUUGCUAGAGGGCUAUCAUACGUUGCUGGAUGGUUUAUGCUUAUCGGUCUUCUGGCUAUGGGUGCCACGAAUAACUCAAUUGCCUCCAACUUCCUACUGGGGAUGGCAAACCUGGUGUUCCCAGAAUAUACGAUUGAAAGGUGGCAAACCGUUUUAGUAGCUUACCUUGUUGCUUUUCUCUCGGCUGCUGUGAAUCUUUGGGGAUCCCAUCUGCUUCAUAAGAUCUCGAAAUUUAUCCUCAUCUGGAACGUUGGCUCCUUCAUCGUCAUCACGAUAACACUUCUUGCAACAAACGAUCACAAACAGUCCGCUAGUUUUGUCUUCUCGGAAUUCGAAAACUCAACUGGCUGGGGUACGGGAAUGGCCGCGAUAAUCGGUAUCUUACAAGCCUGUUUUGGAAUGUGCUGCUACGAUGCGCCAUCGCAUAUGACAGAGGAAAUGAAGUCCGCCUCGAAAGAGGCGCCCAAGGCCAUUGUCCUCGCAGUCAUUCUUGGAGCAGUGACAGGCUUUGUCUUCCUUCUCACUCUUUGCUUCUGCAUCGGUGAUAUCGCAGCGACCGCUAACUCCAGUACCGGUGUCCCUGUUAUUCAGAUUAUCUAUGACUCGACCGGAAGCAAGGCUGCAACUUGCAUCUUGACCACCUUGAUCACAGUGAUCGUCAUUGUCGCCGGAAACAACAUUCUAGCCGAAGGAUCCCGCUCUGUGUACGCCUUUGCUCGCGAUAACGGAUUACCUUUCUCCAAGGUUUUCAGCAAGGUCAAUCCCAAGACCCAAGUACCAGUAAAUGCUGUCUUGCUCACGCUUGUGGUACAAUUGGCUCUUGAUGCUAUUGAAUUUGGCACUACAACUGGUUUUGAAACUGUCAUUUCAAUUUCAACAGAAGGAUUUUAUCUUUCCUAUGCCAUGGCACUUGGCAGCAGAUUACUCGGAUAUUUCUCUGGCCAUGUUAUCAAGAUGGAUGGUCCCUACGCCUUCUCAACCCCAGUAUCGAUUUCAUUGAAUUUUAUCGGCCUCCUCUUCCUCCUUUUCGCAUCCAUCACUUUUAAUUUCCCCAGCACAUACCCUGUCAACAAAGAGUCGAUGAAUUAUACCAGUGCCGCGAUUGGUGUCAUUGCUCUCAUCAGUCUUGUGACAUGGAUUACUACGGGCCGAAAGAAUUUUACUGGUCCUGGGGCUGUGAGCUUUCUGAAAGGACAAAAUGAUGUGUCCAAGGAGGGAACACAACCAGUCGAUGUGAUUCAAGAGAAGAAGCACUAG